GUGAUGCGACCUUUGGUUCCGUGAUGGACAUUACCUCCCUCUUUAAGGCCUCGGUGAAAACGGUGCGCCUAAAGUUGCCCCCCGACAGCAUCCGGCAGCCGGACAAAAAUCGCAUUCUACGCAAAAAGAAGACGAACACGCACGAGCUAUGGGAUCGGGCCAAAUCGCUCAAACACCAGGUAACGCUGCUGAGGAACUUUCUGCUGGAGAAUCGCACAUCCUACAUGCGGUUGGCGGAGCACCUGAAAAAUUCGAGUCCACAGAUGACCAACGACGAGCGGGAUCUAAUCGAUCGUGAGUCGGAUAAAAUCCUCUCCACCACGGCGCAGCUGGUGAAGGAGUUGCGCCUUGAGUGGGUCGAUCUACGGGUAGACCAGCAACUGAAGGAAUUUUUGAGUCUGGUCAUCGAUAGCCUGGCGGAGUACGCAAAUGCUAUCCGAAAGAUUUCACACGAACAGCGGCAGUUUCGACUUCGGCGUCAAAUGGAAACGAUUGGGUACGUGAAGCUACAGCCAAAAAUGAAAACGGAGCCCCUCAGUGCACCACUCGAACCGGACCCGGUGAUCGGCACCGUAGCCACGUCAGCUUCCAAACGUUCGGAUGUGGUAGACACCGGACACCGUAGUGUGGAGAAAACGGUUACCGCACAGUCAAUGGACGAUCUGGAGGACAGCACAAUGGAUGAAGAGAACGAGGCCAACGAUCUUAGCCCCGAGGACAUUCAGAUGUUUGAGUCGGAAAAUGUUCAACUUUACAACGAGCUCAAAGGCCUGUCGGAGGAAGUGGAGCAGAUACAGCGCAACGUGUGCGAUAUUGCACACCUGCAGGACAUUUUCUCCGAAAAGAUAUCAUUGCAAAAGACGGACGUCGAUCGAAUAUCUACCACCGUGGUAGGAACGACGGAAAAUAUGAAAGACGCCAACGAACAGAUCGGGCAAGCUAUUCGGCGCAACGCCGGCCUGCGUGUUUGGGUGCUGUUCUUUCUCAUUGUAAUGUCCUUUACGCUCCUGUUUUUGGAUUGGUACAAUGACUAAGCUUGUGGACUGCAUUUGCAACGCUGUAAUAAAUUUGACAUCAACGUCGAAAUUGUGAUC